AUGUCUGUCACGGCGAUUGCUUCAUUCAGGCCCUUGCAAAGGAGGUGUCUUGUGCAUGCUGCGACCGAGUUAUUAUCGGUGCAAGUCAAGUCACGAUCCGCGAGCUGGAGCCUGCGAGCCGUGGUGAAGUUGCAGCCGCAUCAGGCGAGAUAUCAGUCGAGCGCGCCAGGAAACAAAGAUGAGCCGCCCAAGCAAGAGAAGCGAGAUAGGCCGCAAAUGUCUUUCCGGCAAUUUGUCGGGCGUUCGCUGGGAGCCAGUCUGCGCAAUUUGGCUGUCGCAUUGAGCCCUCGUGGAAUUCGAACCGCGUACAAGGAUUCACCGGUUGUGACGAGCAUGAAUAUCAUUCUGCUCGCAUUCACUCUUGCCAUAUCCGUCAUCGCCAUCCGCUCCUACAUUCUCAGUUUCUACAACUCCAAAUUCAGCCGGUACCCAGAACCCGUGGCAAACACCUUGCGACGGGCUAUCUACUACACCAACUACAAGCCGGAUCCGGAGAUGGCGUUGAAAUAUUACAAAAAGGCCAUGGAGCAAGUGAAAGAGGUUGGGCUAGACCCCUUCUCAGACGAAGUGCUCGGCAUUCGCAUCCAGGUGUCGUUCUGGCUGCAAAAGAUUAAUAACUACAAGGGAUCUAUUGAUGUGCUGGAGUCUGUGUUGCAGGAUUGCAAGAGGUGGGUUGGUGUGAUGGAGCAAUCUGUCGCGGACGGCAAAGUGAAUGAAGCCGGCAGAUACGUGGAUGAAGCUACAGGAAGCCAGCCUGCCGGCAGUGAAACGGUCACCAUCGUCCCUCCCAAAGACAGCAUCGCCAAGGCGUCCGAGACGAAGAAGGACGGUGAGGCCGAGCCCGAGCCCGAGGUCGAAACACUCUGGCGGAAGAGACAGCGACUGCUGGCCAAAGCCAUCGGCACGGCAGUCAAGCUAGGCGAGAUGUACGCCGACGAACACGUACUCCAACCCGACAAGUCACACGACCACCUAGUAUGGGCUGUAGAGACAUCCCUCAAGGAGUUCAGCCGCCGAAAAGUCGACGGCAUCAAGCCCGGCGAGCAAGACUGGCUCUCGCCCCCGGAACUCGGCGGCAUGAUGGAAUCCCUGGGCCGAGACUACGAGCGCCGGUCUCAAUUCCAGCUCGCCGUCCCCUUGUUCUUCCAGGCCCUCAAACUCUGCGAGAGCCCGUGUCACAGGGCCAUCAUCAUGAACAACCUAGCCGCAUGCUUCGCCCAGCAGCCCAUCUUCUCUCCCAACGCGGCAGAAGUCUCCGUGGCCAUGCAGCAAAUCUCCGACCAAGCCGCCCUCCCGCAGACGCGCAAGGAGUGCCUCGAGGCGGGGCUGAACUGGGCCCAGAAUGCCUACGUCCACGGGAGGGAUGUCAAGGGCGACGACAGGACGGCCGAGUGCGACGAGGCAUGUGCCGUAGCUCUGUGCAACUGGGGUGACGUGGCUGCUAUGCUCGGGCAGAGGGAGCUCGCGCGACAGAAGUAUAGGCAGUGUAUAGAGACGAGUCAGGAGAUGGAGUUUGCCGACGGUGUCAGGCAGGCCCAGGAGGGACUCGCCAGGUUGACGACCACGCCUGACAGCAAGGUAUAA